UUAAUAUACCGUAUUUUUCGCUCCAUAAGACGCACCUGACCAUAAGAUGCCCUGCACCUAGGUUUUUGAGGCAAAACACAGGAAAUAAAAAAAUAUUCUGAACCAAUGGACUGCAGACACAGUACAGGAGAUGACCAGAGACUGCGGACACAGUACAGGAGAUGACCAGAGACUGCGGACACAGUGCAAGGAGAUGACCAGAGACUGCGGACACAGUGCAGGAGAUGACCAGAGACUGCGGACACAGUACAGGAGAUGACCAGAGACUGCGGACACAGUGCAAGGACGGGGGGACCAGUGCAGGGAUGUACCAGAACACAUAUAUCCUUGCUGGACCACCAUGUCCGAAAGUGCCUCUGUAAAUCCAGAGCCCCUGCGGACACAGUGCAGGGGUUUGACCAGAGACUGCUGACAGUGCAGGGAAUGGACCAGAGACUGCAGACAGUGCAGGGAAUGACCAGAGACUGCCGG